GCGUGCAACGGCCGAGCCCACGCGCACGCUCUCGCGACCGACACCGGUCGAUCGAGUGCAUGCGCCCACGACGUCCGCCACCGCCCGCCCGCCCGCCUUCUUCCUUCCCGCGCGCCUUCCUCUUAAUUCCCCUUGGAUCCACGAGAGUCAAACGAAAUCCACAACCCGAAGCGUGCACCAGAGGUCCAGGCCCCGCCUCCGCCUCGCCGCCAUGACGCUGCGCGACGGUGCCGUGGACCUGUGGGCGAUGGCCGCGGAGCUGGAGCGGCAGUUCGCCGGGUACAAGCAGCGCCUGGCCUCCUCCGGGAGGAUCAGCAGCCUCGUCGACGUCGACGACGACGCCCACGUCCUCGCCCUCGACCCCGCACCCGAUGACGACGCCGGUGGCGGUGUCGUGGGCAACGGCCGCGUCGAGGAGGAGGAGGAGGACGCGGCGGUCGGAGGCGUGCGGGGGAGGAUGUACGAGGCGUACACGCGGCGGCGGGACGAGCGGCUGCGCUCUGUUUGGCGCGCGCGCAUGGAGCGCAAGGAGGCUGAGGUCAUGGCGCUCUGGGCGCAGCUCGACGCCCGCGCCGGGCCCGGACGCGGCGGCGCUGGCCCGGCCACCGCGGAGGACGACGGCGCGGCCGGAGAGCAGGAAACCGAGGGCGGCGGCGAGAGGAGAAGGAGCUCUGACGUGGCUGCUCCGGGCAUGGUCUCCGGCAAGAAGCACCCGCGCACCAGGAGGAGCUUCUCGUCGGCCAACCUGGUCAAAAGCACCCGCCCUGACGUCGGGAUACGGCGCGCGGUCUCGCAGGAACCACCCGAGCCACCGGCAGGCACUGACGACGGCGCCGGCAGGAAGCACGGCCACCGAGCCCGGCCAGUGACCGGCGCCGCGCCGAAGCGCAAGGCCUUGUCGGGGAGCAAGAGCGCCUCGACGAAGGGGCACGGCUCACUCAGGCAGGCUGGCCCGAAGCCGAAGCCGCCGCGCAGCUUCCCCCGGCCGUCCAGCUCCGGCGGCAUGGAGGUUGUCAGGGAAGCAGCGCUGCCGCAGAACGCGAACGUGGCUGCACCGAUGAGCGACCUUGGUGCUGCUUCCGACAUUGGUGAAGCUCAGAAGGCUUCUUCCCGAAUACCGUUCUUGGCGUGUGACAAUGGCACUGUCACCGAGAACGCGCGAGCCGCUUCGCCGGCAUCAGAUGGCGGCGAGGUAGUGGACAGUGCAGCUCCAGCAGUAGAUGGCGACGAACCUGAAGCGAAGAAUGGAGAGCUCGCCAGCGACCUGGAGAGACGCGAUGCCGAGGAGAUCGUGGUGCGGUCGCCGGAGGCGAAGCUUGGUAACGGAGAGAUCACCAGCGACUCGGAGACCGAGCCGAGCUACGUCUUCAUCAAGAAGAAGGCCGUCGUUGAGGAGGAGGAAGCCGCGAGGCUCUCUGACGCAUUGGCUGGACCAGGAUCUGAUGAACCACAUAUCCAGGUCAGGAAUGGCACAGACGAGGUGCCGACGGCGGCGAAUGCCGAAGAAGCGCCGGCGAGGGGAAGCGCCGACUCGGUCUCCUCCAUGUCAGGCCGGGGCUCCGCUCCCAGCAGCCCGCCCUCCUGCAGCUCCCGGGCCCAGUCCAUCGAGAGGCUGCUCGGGGAGGACGCCGCGCAGCUGCGGAAGAGGCGAGAGGACCAGAGCGCCACCGGAGGGAGGAGCGUCCCGGCGGUGUCGACACCGGGCAGCGCGGGGAGAAGGGCCUACGGCGCGGCGCCGACGACGUCUCCGAGAGGGACGGCGAUGGGGUUCAAGAAGAGGUUCCUGAGCUUCGGGAAGAAGAACAGAGGCAGCAGGGAGGGCGCUACCACGGUCAUCGUCGACUGCAGCUCUCCGACGAUCGACGACGACGACGGCGCGAACGAGCGGUGGCCGGCCGCCGCCGACUCGAUCAGGCCCAGGAUGCUGGGCUCCUCCCCGGACGCUGCCUCCGACGACACGGAUCAAUAUGCCGCCUCGCCACAGGCCUGCUCUCUGCAGAGCCUCGUGGCUGCUGCUGCUUCUCCUGCAAAGUCUGAGCUGUGUGAGAUAGUUCCACCAGAGAAAUCACCAAAAGCUCACCGUUCGUUCUUCUCGCUCCGGUCCUUCAACUGUGGCCGGAGCUAGCUGGGUUAAUUGAAGGAUUUACCGUAUAGCCCGCAAAUGUAAAUUUUAGGAAAUUGAUGGGAAAGAAAUAUAUAGCUGGGUUUGCUGCCUGAAAUCUUCUGAACUUUGUGCUUCAGGAGUUGAUUGGUUUUAAGAGCACAUGUUACUGUUUGUUGAUGCAGCACAUCAGUCUGUGUAGUGAUAAACACGUCCUUUUAACCUGGUGAAACAAAGUGUAUGCAGAUCAUGUUGUGCUGAAAGUAUAUAUGUAGAUCACUCGUUCAAUUUUUUACCAC